AUUCUUAAUAUUAAUCAAUUAUCUAAUCAAAAUCAAUUAAAUUUCGUUUUUAUUUUUUAAUUUAUUUAUAUAUUUUAUUCAUUAAGGGUAUAAACGAUAUUAACCGCUCUAACUUUCAAUGUGAGAGCUUUGUUGCAAAAAUUUACUUCGCAAAUAAUAGUAUAGAUAGGUAUUGCUUUGGUAGUUUUAUUAAACUCUAAUGAAUUGCAUUGCAUUGCAUGUAACUUGUACUGUAAAUUGAAAACCAAAAUAAACAGAUGAAGCGUAGAUUUUAAGUUUGAACUUUAAAUGUGUAAUGUGUUGAAGCCGCACCAGACGCAUCUUGUUGCCAUGCACAUGUUAUGGACCAUAAGGCACGGAACGUGAAUGAGAACUCAUGCAUUAAUUAAUUAAAAGAAUCAUGCAUUAAUAAAUAUCCAUAUAUUUCAUCGGAACCUGAAAGUAACACUAGUUUAGUCAAUCAAGAAGUUUAUUUAUGUUCAUGCAUAAUUUUUACAUAUAAAAUAAUUUGGUAGUUUUUUUGUCCAAUGAAAUUUGUAAAUGAUUACAACUUUAAUCAACCCUCCUAAUCUCAUUCUAUUUGAUCAACUCUCACUUAUAAACUUUACGUAUCAUAAUAAACCGUUACAUAUAUGACUCAAACUCUGAUAAGACUUCUUUCAGUUUCUCAUAAAACACACAUCAUUACAUUGUAUAGACUUUGUUCACUUACAUAUAUGACUCAAAAAUAAGUAUUGAAACCAGGUUGACAAAUAAUAAAGAACUGUAGGAGAUCUAAAUCAAAAUCUUUAACAAGAGUUAUCGGAAACUUCCCGAAUACCUCGCAAGACGUGUGCAUGUGCUACUGUGCUAUCUACCUACGCACAACACAAUAUAAAAACAAUACUCGAAGCCUGAAAUCUCCUAUAAGUACACCUUCUCACAUUAACCCAAACUCACACACAAACAAAAGCAAGAAGAUAAAGAUGGGUUUCAUCGGUAAGAGUGUUUUGCUAACUCUCAUAGCACUUUGCUGCUUCACUUCAUCUGUUUUCAGUACUAUAGCUCAAGUACCUCCAGUUAAACUAAUAACACCAUUACCCACUCUCCCACCUACCAAAGCUCCUAUCAAGGUGCCAACAUUCCCACCAGCCAAAGCUCCGAUCAAGGUGCCAACACUCCCACCAGCCAAAGCUCCGAUCAAGCCUCCGGUUGUUCUCCCACCGGUUUCUCCUCCUAAGUUCAACAGGACACUAGUGGCCGUGCGGGGUGUGGUCUUCUGCAAAGCCUGCAAGUAUGCCGGUGUAAACAAUCUCCAAGGCGCCAAACCCGUUAAAGGUGCGGUGGUGAGACUUUUGUGCAAAAACAAGAAGAACGCAACAUCGGAGGCAACUACGGACAAGAACGGAUAUUUCCUGCUAUAUGCCCCUAAAACGGUAUCCAACUACGCCAUCAGAAAUUGCCGAGCUUACCUAGUGAAGUCUCCGGACGCUAAAUGCAGCAAAGUGUCGAAGCUCCACGGUGGAUACUUGGGCUCCUUUCUAAAACCAGUGGUGAAACCUGAAAAUGCAACGAUCAUCUUCAAUAAGCUCAAGUACAGUCUUUUCAACGUUGGUCCAUUCGCAUUCGAGCCUGUCUGCCCCAAAUGAGUUGGUUUUAUUUAAUAAAUAGCUAGUGAAACUUUGGUUAUGAGUAUUGAACACAGUUUAGCAAUGAUUGUGUUGAAUGUAUCUGCUAUCAGCUUGGGUUUCUUUAUAUGGGCAUUUUGUUUUAAUGUAUUUCUAAUUUAUUGAAUAAAAACGGUAACGUUUACAUAUUAA